CGUCCUGCGUCCCCGCUGGAGCCGGAAGCAGUCGCGGGUCAGGGGUGCGCCUAGCCUGCCCCCGUCCGUCCGUGCUUCGGCCGAGGUCCCUGCGGGCUGGGGAGCCCGGCGAGGUGCGGGGAGAAGGCGAGCGUGAAGUCUGAGGGGCGAACUCGGGACGAUCCGGAAGUUCAAGUUUCAGAAGAGAGACUCUGCAGGAAGCCUGUUGCGAGGAUCCCUUCAGCUGCUCACCUCAUGGGCCAGACGGCCCUAGCAAGGGGCAGCAGCAGCACCCCCACCUCGCAGGCUCUGUACCCUGACUUCUCUCCUCCCGAGGGCUUGGAGGAGCUCCUGUCUGCUCCCCCUCCUGACCUAGGGGCCCAGCGACGCCACGGCUGGAACCCUAAGGAUUGCUCCGAGAACAUCGACGUCAAGGAAGGGGGGCUGUGCUUUGAGCGGCGCCCUGUGGCCCAAAGCACUGAUGGAGUCCGGGGAAAGAGGGGUUACUCGAGGGGCCUGCAUGCCUGGGAGAUCAGCUGGCCCCUGGAGCAGAGGGGCACACACGCCGUGGUGGGCGUGGCCACCGCCCUCGCCCCGCUGCAGGUUGACCACUAUGCGGCGCUUUUGGGCAGCAACAGCGAGUCCUGGGGCUGGGAUAUUGGGCGGGGGAAAUUGUAUCAUCAGAGUAAGGGCCUUGAGGCCCCCCAGUACCCAGCUGGACCUCAGGGUGAGCAGCUAGUGGUGCCAGAGAGACUGUUGGUGGUUCUCGACAUGGAGGAGGGGACUCUGGGCUACUCUAUUGGGGGCACCUACCUGGGACCAGCCUUCCGUGGACUGAAGGGCAGGACCCUCUAUCCCUGUGUAAGCGCUGUUUGGGGCCAGUGCCAGGUUCGCAUCCGCUACAUGGGCGAAAGAAGAGCCGAGGAACCACAAUCCCUUCUGCACCUGAGUCGUCUGUGUGUGCGCCAUGCGUUGGGAGAUACCCGGCUUGGCCAAAUAUCCACUCUGCCUUUGCCCCCUGCCAUGAAGCGCUACCUGCUCUACAAAUGACCCUGUAGCACCAGAUGGCACAGGCACCUGGUCAUCAUCAGUACUGUGGGGACAGGUGGAGAGGCACCAUUGGUCUGGAAAAAACCAGUGAAGCUGAGAGAAGAGGCCGGGCCUCUUCACCAACCCUUAUAGAUGGGUGAGACGCGGAAAUGAAGCUGAAGGCUGUGGCAGCCUGGUAAAAAGAUGUUUUUCAAGUAAAAGAUGAGUUGUAUUGUCA